UAGUAGAGUACAUUUUUGAAUUAUAAUUUACGUGAAAGCGUAGAACGAAGAAGAGCGAAAGCCGGAAGUUCCCACUGAAGCUAGCAAAAGAAGAAGAAGAAGAAGAAGUCGUGGAACGUGAGCACAUAAACAACGUGGAGAGAUGCAGACCUCCUGCAACAGCGCUGAGCAGCCUCGUCCAUUAUUUGGAGGAGCGCUGUCAGCUGUUAUCCCUCACAGCGCCACAGAUGUCAGUGACUUGAGGGAGAUCCCCGACAACCAGGAGGUGUUUGCUCAUGCACACACCGAUCAGAGCCUUAUUGUGGAGCUGGUGGAGUUUCAAGCUCAGGUGUCGGACCAGGACUCUGCCCUGUACCACUUUGAGGACAUCGCUGACAGUAACAAAGCUCUGGAACCCGGUACUUUUGCUGUUUCCAAUGUUGUUGCUUUGCCUCCAACAGAGAUUUCCCUGUCAGAGUGCAGCUCAGCCUGGAUGCUGAGUGGAACACAGUGUGUUUCCAAAUUCAAUGAGCAGGCGAGGAACACAGUGACUAUUCAUCUGGGUUUGUUUCGUCUGCCACAGUUCACAACAGAAAUCCUGGUGACCUUCAAUGACCCACAGAUCAUUAGUCCUGACAGCAGCAGUGCAGCCUCUGUGGUAACACAUGGGGUGCCAUGGACAGUGCAGGACUUUAAGCUACUUUUAAAAACUCUGACGUUGCACAAUCCUGAACUGUUUGGGUAGACCAACUGCUUAAAUACUGACAUUUGCUGCAAAAAUAUCUACUAGGAUUGUACACACACCUUACAGUUACUUUGUUAGAUUCAGCAAUUAACUUCAUAGUCAAGUUCAGAACAGUCUGCUGAAGUUGACAAUGUGCAUCAAGAGUGGGAAAGAAAUUUUGUGACUGAGUGACAAGUAUUCUUAUUUCCUAUAGACUUUAAAUAUGAAUGGCUCUCUGAUUAUGCUCUGAUUUCUGGGAUUUCAGUACAAUUUGCAAUGUCUAACUUUGAAUUAUGUGUCAAUUGUGUACUGACAUAACAUGUGAUCUUUCAAUCAGAAAAAUGAUUUGUGUUUUUGGAAUUUUACAACAUACCGUACCUGAGAAAAAUGCAGAUGUGAGACCAAUAAUCCCAGACAUGCAGACUUCUGUAUCCCACCACAUUCUUUGCAUACUUAUCCUUCCACACAUUUCCUCACUUGUGCCUUUCUUCUUUUAUUUUAUUACAAAAUUCUACCACCAGC